GCAGCCGGAGGAGCCGCGCCAGGAGCCGCCGCAGCAGCCCCACACACGCGGGGCCCAUCAGCGAGCAGCAGCCCUCCGAAGGGGGACUCCGGCCCGGCGCGGAGGAGAAUGAGAGAGCCCUCCCAGCGGAGGGGCCGAAGACAUGAACGGGGCCGUGUACAUUUCGUUUUUCCAGGGCCAGCUGGAGUCCGUGCUGGAGCAGGUCGUCCAGCUCGCCGUGCAGGAAAUCAGCAAGUCGGUGGGCUCCAGCCUGAACGCGCUGCUGCUGGAGACGGCCGUCAAGGAGCAGGAGAACCGCCGCCUCCGGGUCCAGCUGCAGUCCCGGGACACCCGCGGCCGAGCCUCGGACGGCGGCUCGCCGGUGGCCGGUAAGCACAAGGCCGGCAAAGCGAUGGGCGACGAGAGGACGGACGGCGGCAGGACAAAGCCCGAGCAGCCGCCGCAGCAGCUCCACGCCCCCGGGGGGCAGGGCCCGGAGCCCGGCGUGCACACCGACACGCGCCGCCUGGAGCAGCGAGGACGAGUCGUGGACCAGCUGAAAUCCGUCAUGGAGCAGGUUCUGGACUUCGCCGUGCGCGAGCUGACGAAGAUCGUGGAGGCGUCGUUCGACGACCUCCUGCUGGAGAUCACCAAGAUGGAGCGCGAGCAGCACGCCCUGGAGGAGCGGCUGGGCAAAGGCCCCCCCGAGAGAGGGGGCUCCGAGAAGGGCAGGGCGGGGGGCCGGAGGAGGGGGUCCGAGAACGACUCGGUGUCCCCCAGCGGCUCAGAGGACACCCGAGAGGAGGCCGAGGUCCCCGUCUCCAAGAAGACGGCGGAGAAAGACGAUCCGGAGCCGCCCCCGGUCCUCUCGGUCUCUCAGGACUGGGUCCCCAUCCUGGACAAGGUCUUCGGGCAGAAGUGGUGCAGCGACGUGUGGCAGAUCAAAGAGCUGGCCGGAGACGGCGGGGAGGGCGGCGGAGGCGGGCGGGGCUUGGGUGAGGCCGGAGCCCAUCGUGACGAGGUGCUGUCCGCCCCCUCGGUGACCCUGGAGCCCUCCCCCUCCUCCCCCCAGCAGGACCCCCGCUGGACCCCCCUGGAAGACAUGGAGGUGUUUUCUCCAGACGAGGACGAAGCCGAAGCGGCUGCUGCCGCCGCCGCCGCCACCGCGCCACAGACAGACAGCAACGCAGCAACGACCACACCGGGAGCAGGAGCGCCCUCUAGCCCCUCUGGGCGGCGCUCCUCGGCCUCCAUGCUCCAGCGCCUCCUCACUCUGCCGUCUCAGCUGCUGGAGGACGAAGAGGGCGAGGACCCGGUCGCCAAGGAAACGCUGGUCGUCCUGACGACAGACGGCGCCGCCGACCGCCGAGCCGACGCCGACCCACCGGACCGGCCGACCCGAGGAGCGGCGGCGGCGGAGGAGGAGGAGGCAGGGGAGGACGAAGAGGAGGAGGAGGAGGAAGACAAAGGGAGGAAGCAGAAGAAGCGACGGAGAAUGUGGUCGGAGUGCGAGGAGUGCGGGCGCCGCUUCAGCCGGAUGUCCCUCCUCAAGGCGCACCGCCACACGCACGGGAACGCCGCCGCCGACACGGCCUCGCCGUCCCCCCCGCCCGCCGCCGCCGCCUCCUCGCUGCCGCUGCACUGCUCCGAGUGCGGCAAGAGGUUCUCCUCCGCCACGCGGCUCCACAGCCACACCCGCACCCAGCACCCCGGGAACCGGUCCUGAGCCCGGCGGACGGUACGCGGGUCAGCAGGACCGGACGCACACUACCAGGCCCCUCCUCCCACAGUGCAACACUGUGCCUGGUCAGCGGUACAGAACAGCCCACUCCAGACCCAGACCCAGAUCCAGAACCAGACUCUAGUCUAAACCCAGAUCCAGAACCAGACUCUACUCCAAAUCUCAAUUACAGAACCAGGGUCCACUCCAGAACCAGAUCUGGCUCCAGGGUCCAGUCGUCUCUCAGUUUGAGCGAUUUGCAACUUUUUUUUUUUUUUUUUUUAAAGGCCAAAAUGUCCAAACUGAGGAGCUUCAAAACAAAAGCUUCAUAAAUCAGCCAAAAAUCUCACAUUAAGAUUUAAAAAAAAAAAAAAAUCUGAAGGACCGCAGUUCACCAACAAGCUUUUUGUAUCUCGAAACAGUUUAUCUUCAAACCUGUUUUUGAAGGAGUUUAUUUUUUUUCUUUUUUACAUUUUGAAAAUCAUCGAAAAAGUUAGAGAUCAUCAAAGAAGCAAUGAAAGUCAUUUUAUGCCUUUUUUUUCAGUUUAUUGGAUUCGAUCAAAACUUCAGCCAAGAAAUUUUUUUAACCGAAACGAAAAAAUAGUGAAACGCAAAAAAAAAAAAAAAGGAAAAUCGUGUUGGAUGAACUGGAAACUUGUUUUUCUUCUUUAUGUUUGACGUUGAAGGAUGAAGGGAAACUGCACACUCCUCUCCUCCUCUCCGCAGAUCUGUAGGAGAUUUUUAUCUUUUUGUUUUUAGCUGUCAUGGUUCAUGCCCCGCCCCUUCACUGGAUGCCCCGCCCCUGCAUCCUAAGCUCCGCCUCCCAGGUGUUGGUUGUGUGUGGAGCUCGUUUCUUAAAGUGACCUUCAUUUUGGACAGACUCCUUUUUGUUUUCCUCCCCACUCUGCAUUUGUUAUGUGCGAAACUGAAAAAAAACCU